CUUCAUUACAUCAACAACGAAACCCACUUUGGGAAAAAGAUGGGGUCUCAAAUGGCCUCUAUUACUCUCACUAUUGCAUUGGCAAUAAUCUCUCUUACCUUGCCAUCCCAAACUUCAGCAAACAGCUACAUCUAUUCAUCUCCACCACCACCACCAAAGCCUUACUACUACCACUCUCCACCACCACCGGUGCACUCACCACCUCCUCCUUACCAUUACAGUUCCCCACCACCACCUCCAAAGAAGCCAUACAAAUACGCUUCUCCUCCACCUCCAGUUUACAAGUACAAAUCACCUCCUCCACCAGUGUAUAAGUAUAAGUCUCCUCCUCCACCACCGAAGAAGCCAUAUAAAUAUCCAUCUCCACCACCACCAGUUUACAAGUACAAGUCACCUCCUCCACCAGUUUACAAGUAUAAAUCUCCUCCACCACCAGUUUACAAGUACAAAUCACCUCCUCCACCGGUGUACAAGUAUAAAUCCCCUCCUCCACCAGUGUACAAGUACAAGUCUCCUCCACCACCACCUAAGAAGCCAUAUAAAUACCCAUCUCCACCACCGCCAGUUUACAAGUACAAAUCACCUCCACCACCGGUGUACAAGUACAAAUCUCCUCCACCACCAGUUUACAAGUAUAAAUCCCCUCCUCCACCAGUGUACAAGUACAAGUCUCCUCCACCACCACCAAAAAAGCCAUAUAAAUACCCAUCUCCCCCACCACCAGUUUACAAGUACAAAUCACCUCCUCCUCCAGUUUACAAGUAUAAAUCUCCUCCACCACCAGUUUACAAGUAUAAGUCACCUCCUCCCCCAGUUUACAAGUACAAAUCUCCACCACCACCACCCAAGAAACCAUACAAGUAUCCAUCACCACCACCACCAGUUUACAAGUAUAAGUCUCCCCCUCCACCUGUCUACUCACCACCACCAGUUUACAAGUAUAAGUCUCCUCCUCCACCUGUCUAUUCACCACCUCCACCAUAUAAGUACAAAUCUCCACCACCUCCUCCUUAUAAGUACCCAUCACCACCACCACCAGUUUACAAGUACAAGUCACCUCCUCCCCCAGUUUACAAGUACAAAUCUCCACCACCACCACCCAAGAAACCAUACAAGUAUCCAUCACCACCACCACCAGUUUACAAAUAUAAGUCCCCUCCUCCACCUGUAUACUCACCACCUCCACCAGUUUACAAGUAUAAGUCUCCUCCUCCACCCGUCCAUUCACCACCUCCACCAUAUAAGUACAAAUCUCCACCACCUCCUCCUUAUAAGUACCCAUCACCACCACCGCCAGUUUACAAGUACAAAUCACCUCCUCCUCCAGUUUACAAGUACAAAUCUCCACCACCACCACCCAAGAAACCAUACAAGUACCCAUCACCACCACCACCCGUUUACAAAUAUAAGUCCCCUCCUCCACCAGUUUACAAGUAUAAAUCUCCUCCUCCACCUGUUCACUCACCACCUCCACCACACUAUGUCUACUCUUCACCUCCUCCUCCGGUCUAUUCCCCUCCUCCACCACAUUACAUAUAUUCAUCACCUCCUCCUCCUUACCACUCUUAGAUAACGGUUUACCAUAGUAUCCCAUGGGAUUAAGGAAUAUUGGAAAUAAAGAGAACAUAGUGCAAAGCAGGAAGAUGCAUUUAGCAAUAAGGGAGAAAAACAACGGAAGCAAAGUUUCCAUGCAUUUUGGUCUCAGAAAAAGUCACUUUGUUUUUCUUAUUUGUUUGUAUAUGAAUUAUUAUUCUCAUUAUUGAGUUUGGUUAUUGAAUUUAGACAGGUGUAAUACACUGUGUGUAAUAUCGUGAAUGCAUUUUGUUUUGGAACCUACUCUUUGCAAGGGGUUGGUUGGGAAAAUAAAAUUGAAUAUUUGUUCUACUAA